CCUUCGAGUCACAAUCAUCAUUAUCAUCGUCAGCACACAGCCGCUUAAAGAGGGGUAACCCAGGGCUUGUCCGCUCCUCUAUCAAGGAGUUAAAUAUGGUCGUUGGCAACAAGCUCGAGGACCGGGCUGAGGACGCUGUCGAGGUAGCACCCUCCGCUGCAGCACCCGACGCUGGAGCGGCCAAAGCUGUGCAGCAGGACAGUGUUCCUGCCGAUGUGGAACAGGAAGCAGCGCGCCCACAAGAGACGAAGGUUGACAUAGAGCACCAACCUGUCCAGGACGACCCGAGAUUAUGGUCGCCAGGAUUCAAGUGGGCCCUCGUCGGCAUGCUCUCGGCGGGCGCCUUGAUCCCCACGAUGGCCGCCAACAUUUUCUUUCCUGCCAUCGAGGACCUGAAGCAGGACCUGCACGGAACCGAUUCCCUCGUCGCCCUCUCCGUGUCCCUCUAUAUCCUUGCUCAGGGCACUGUGCCGCUGCUCUGGUCGCCCAUAUCAGAGAUCGUCGGACGGAAGCCGUGCUUUCUCAUUGCCAUGUUCCUCUUCACCGUCUCCAUGGCCAUCAUUGCCGCCGCGACUAAGAACAUGGCCACGCUCAUCGUCUUCCGCGUCAUCGGCGCCAUGGGCAGCUCCGCCACCUUAUCGAUAGCCGCCGGCGCACUUGCCGAUCUCUACGAGCCCAGCGAGAGGGGCGUCAAGGUCGGCGUGUACUACUGUGCGCCUCUAAUCGGACCUGCUCUGGCUCCUAUCUUUGGUGGAGCAUUGACUGAGGCUGGCAGCUGGCGAUUGACAUUCUACUUCAUGACUGCUCUCGGUGGCGCCUCGUUUCUCACCUAUCUCUUCUUCCGCGAGACCUUCCGCGUCGAGCGGAGUCUGGCGUGGCAAAAGGCGCGCAAAGCCGCUCUUGAGCGGGCCGCCGCGGAAGAGAAAGCGGGAAUUGGCAAGGAAACGACAGGAGAGCAAAGCAGGGUGAAGGCAAAGGAUGCGAGGUGGAAGAGGUGGAAAGAGAGCAGAUUCGCAAAGGUCCUUAAGAAGGGCGUGAGGCUCGUCUGCAUGCCGUUCGAGGCGGUCCUGGCGUGGUGCGAGGGUGUGACUGCACGUUUCGCCGGCGUCAACGAGCAGGAGCAGGAACAGGAAGGAGGGUCGCUCGAGAGGGAGCAGACAUCUUCGAGCAAUGCUCAGACAUUCAUCGCAGGGCGCGAACAGACACCUUACAUUGCUCCCUCCUAUCAUGGGCCAGCACUCGAGGCGCUUCACACAUACACUCCAGGAGAGGAAAAAAGCGAGGCUGUCGCAUCGAGGGCGACGAGAGGGGAGGGAGCUGCACCGGUCAACAAGACCAAAAGCGCGCCCGUACACAGCCAGCGACGUCCAGCUCAGGGGUUACUGACCCGCAAGACGACAGGCAGGAGUGUCACAGGGCCCAAAGGCGAAGAGAUCAAGUUCAAGCCAACGCUUGCUGACGUAUCUCCCCUCGGCUCGGCCGGAGCCGUGCUCAAGCAGCCACACAACGUCGUCGCUCUCUUUUAUUCUGCUCUCGGAUUCGCAUCUCAAUACUCGCUGAGCUACACGGCGUCUCGAACGUUUUCUGCGGCGCCCUACAACUUCUCACCCAUCCUCGUCGGUCUCGUUCUCCUUGCGCUUGGCGUCGGCGGCGUCCUCGGCUCCAUCCUAGGCGGCCGCCUCUCGGACCUGUCGCUCGCGCGCGAAUCUGCCCGUCUGGGCGGCCGACGAGCUGCGCCCGAGCACCGCAUCCUCUCUGUUCGCUGGCCCAUGCUCCUGUGCCCACCUGCGUUUGUGGGCUACGCCUGGUCGGCCGAGUACAAGGUCCACGUCGCAGCGCCCGUCGUCUGCCUCAUCGUGCUAGGCUUCAGCUUCUUUUGGAUCUACAGCGCAACGCUUUCCUACAUUGUUGACUCCAACACGGGCAGGAGCAGCGGCGCCGUGGCGUGCAACAGCGCCUCGAGGGGCUUUUUGGCCUUUAUUGCGAGCGAAGUCGCUGGUCCGAUUCAGGAUGCCGUCGGCGACGGCGCCCUCUACACGGGCUGGGCCGUGCUCCUGACCUUUGGCCAGCUGGGCCUCCUCGUUGUGGGCUAUCGCGGCAUGGAUUGGAGGGACGAGGAUUGGAGAUGGCCGAAGCCGAGGGACAUUUGCAUGUGGAUUGCGACGUGCUGUCAUCGGGAGAAGGGGCAGACGAGACCCAAUGGCGUCGGCGAGAUUCGCCAAAAGAGAAAGGCAAGGGAAGAGCAGCAACAACAACAAUCAACGCAUACAUGAUGCGCACAUAUCCAACCAGUGUCAAAAUUGCUCCUCGUGUAAUAAUAUAGGCCAGGGCUACGGCAACUUUUAUCCACUUUCUGUUGUCUGGACACCAUCGGCUCAAGAUGAGGGCCAGUGAUUGGCUGCGAACUCUCGUACGUCGGCCGACAGCGCU